GCUUCUAAUACCCACGAGCUUGAAAACAUUUAUUAAUUUAAUUUAGUUAUUUACUCUGUUUGUUGCUUCUCCCAAUGUCUGAACUCGCUGAGUAUGUAGUCGCAGUCGACCAUCUGACUUACCAUCAUGUUCCUCAUGAGCCUUCUUCCUUGGAUAACAUCACUUUUCAUCUCCCACCUGGGUCCCGAACAAUCUUGGUUGGCGCCAAUGGAGCCGGGAAAUCUACCCUUCUGCAGAUUUUGGCGGGUAAAAGACUAGUCAAAGAUGCUGAGAUACGUAUCAAAGGCCUGGAUGUGUUCAGAGAUUCACCGCCCGGCGUUACCUUCUUGGGUACAGAGUGGGCAAUGAAUCCAGUAGUCCGGAGUGAUAUUGUGGUAUCCACCUUCUUAGACUCCGUGGGAGGAUAUAGACACAAGGAAAGGAGAGACAAACUUCUAAACAUUCUAGAUGUGGACUUAGACUGGCAUAUGCACGCAAUUUCCGAUGGAGAACGUCGCCGCGUCCAACUUUGCAUGGGCCUCAUGGCACCAUGGGAUGUUCUUCUCUUAGAUGAAGUCACUGUCGACCUUGAUGUCAUGGUUCGUGACGAGUUACUUACGUUCCUCCGAAACGAUAGUAUCGCUCGUGGAGCUACCAUUAUAUACGCAACACAUAUCUUUGACGGACUCAAUUCAUUCCCUACUCACGUCGCCCACAUGCGUUUCGGUUCCUUUGACACAGAACCCACUGCAUGGCCGUCAGGCUUUACCAACGGUCCUCUAAGUCAAUCUCCCACAUUAUACAACACUGCUCUGCAGUGGCUCAGAGAGGACCGUGAAUACCGCCGAGAACUUGAGAAACAGGGGCGGAAAGGUCGCGGUGCAAGAGAUGGGACCGUCCCUUCAGACUCUGAGACGUUCUACAAGAAAUAUGAUUAUAGUCAUUAAGACACUACCACACUGCCGUGAGUUGUAUCGUGAACGCAUCAUUUGCACUGUAUCGCAACACUAUUAUAUAUAUCCCUUCAGUUUCAACAACCUGUAGCAAUAGCACUACAAGCCACAAUGUAUUCAACAUGCACCGUCUUAAAUACAACGAUUUCUAUCUGGAGAA